AGUUUAACAACAAAAGAAAAAUAAGAAAGACGGUGACGGUGACGGUGACGGUGGACGCAGAAAGUUCACCGUUCCUCUUGCACAUCAAUUUCUCUUUCUUUUAUUAACACCCCCUUCCCAAAUCUCUCUUUCUUUAAUCACAAAUCCCAAAUCUCCAAUUUUCAAAUCAAUUCAUUUACACAAAAAAAAGUCCAUUUUCACAUUAAUCCAUUUAAUUUGCGUUACGUAUCAAAUUGAAUCGGCAAUUAUUGAAUAAUAAUGGGAUCUGAGUUUUACCUUCAUUAGAAACAAUUUUUUGUUUUUUUGUCGAUUGUGAUAAUGUGUGAUUGAUUUUGAUAGAGGAUGAAGGAGGAGGUUGUUGUUAUGUGAAUUGAGGUUUGGAUCGAUGGCGUGGUUUAGUGGGAGGCUUGAUUUGGGGAAUUUGGAUCUUGCUGGUGCCGUUAAUAAGCUCAGUGAGAGUGUCAAAAAUAUCGAAAAGAAUUUCGAUACAGCACUUGGUCUCGACGAGAAAUCUGAUUCUUCUACUACUGCUACUACUACCAAUGAAGCUUCAGGAUUAUGGCCUUCAACUACAGAUAGGAAGGCCUUAUUUAAUCCUGUCAUGUCUUUUAUGGGACAAAAAAGUGAGGAGGCUGCUGAAGAAUCUGUAGAGAAGGCUGAGUCGUCAAAGUCCAUCUUGCCCACAGAGGAAGUAGUUGAAGAUUCAGCUGAAUCUACAACUCAACGCGAUGUCGUUUCUAAAGAACCAAAAGAAGAAACAAGGGACAUUAUUGAAGAAACUAAAUCGGCUGAAGAAGCAACUGAAGAAGCACGAAAUGUUGAUGACAAACCAAACCAAAUGAUAUCUGCGGAAGAACAAAUGGAGGAAGCAAGAGCUGUUGAUGUCAAACUAGACUCUGCUAUGGAAACAAAGUCUGAGUUGGAGGAGCAAAGAAGUGUUACCGGACCAGAUGAAAGAAAAGCUGAAAUUAAUUCACCGGCUGAAUCAUCAAAGGUUAAUGAACAUGAUCAGGAAACAUCUCCAGAAAUCCUCCAAAAGAAUAUUCCAGAGGAAGAAUCAUCUGAAAACCUGGAGUUGGUUGCUUCCCAAUCAUCAAAUGCUUUGUCUCAAAUCCCGCUGCAUGUUGAUUCGCAGGAAAAUAUCGAUAAUGAUAGUGAACAGAAGAAAGAAGUCACCGAGGAAUCUCCUCCUGUUCAAUCACAGGAUGCAUCAAGUGACCCUACAGACAGGGAACAGAAGAAAGAAGUCACUGAGGAAUCUCCUCCAGUUGAAUCACAGGAUGCAUCAAGUGACCGAGCUGAUAGUGGAAGACCUUCUGUUUCAGAUUCUGUAACUGCCCGUGAAGGUGGAAGUUUUGAAGAGCGUUCUAACAGGAGCUUUCUUGGUGAUCAGCACAUAGAUGAAGGUCUGAAGAGGGUAUCUGAUUCAGUUAUGCCUGAACACGAGUCACUUAGUAGGCCUGUUGAGGCUACCCAGCGAGGCAAUGAGAUUGACCUUAAAGAACAACGGUUGAGCUCAGGAAGCAACUCUUCAGAUGUUACAUAUUCACUGGUUGAACUGGAGAAGCUGAAGAAGGAAAUGAAAAUGAUGGAAACUGCAUUACAAGGAGCUGCUAGACAAGCUCAGGCAAAAGCUGAUGAACUUGCGAAGUUGAUGAAUGAAAAUGAGCAACUGAAGGCUGUCAUUGAGGAUCUGAGAAGGAAGUCCAAUGAUGCAGAUGAAUCUCUGCGAGAAGAGUACCAUCAAAAAGUUGCUGCUCUUGAAAGGAAGGUUUAUGCUCUCACCAAAGAAAGGGAUACACUUCGCAGGGAACAGAAUAAGAAAAGUGAUGCUGCAGCUCUUCUCAAAGAGAAAGAUGAGAUAAUCACUCAAGUAAUGGCUGAAGGUGAGCAGCUUUCAAAAAAGCAAGCUUCCCAAGAAGCUCAGAUGAGAAAGUUAAGGGCACAGAUCAGAGAGCUUGAAGAAGAGAAGAAAGGAUUACAUACCAAGCUUGAGGUUGAAGAGAACAAAGUAGAGAGUAUAAAGAGGGAUAAGGCAGCAACAGAAAAGUUGCUUCAUGAGACAGUAGAAAAGCAUCAAGCAGAACUUGCAACUCAAAAAGAAUACUAUACUAAUGCCUUAAAUGCCGCAAGAGAAGCAGAAGCUUUAGCUGAGGCACGGGCAAACAAUGAAGCUAGAACUCAACUAGAGGGUCGCCUCAGAGAGGCUGAAGACCGUGAAGCCAUGCUUGUUCAGGCACUUGAAGAAUUAAGGCAAACACUUACCAGAACGGAGCAGCAGGCAGUUUUUAGGGAAGAUAUGCUGCACAGAGACAUCGAGGAUCUCCAAAAAAGAUACCAAGCGAGUGAGCGUCGCUGUGAGGAGUUGAUAACACAAGUUCCCGAAUCUACCAGACCUCUGCUCAGGCAGAUAGAAGCCAUGCAGGAAACAAAUGCUAGAAAGGCUGAGGCUUGGGCUGCUGUUGAAAGAUCUUUGAAUUCACGUCUUCAGGAAGCCGAGGCAAAAGCUGCAACUUCAGAGGAAAAGGAACGAUCUAUUAAUGAACGCCUGUCUCAAACCCUGUCUCGAAUCAAUGUUCUUGAGGCUCAGAUAUCUUGUCUUAGAGCUGAGCAGACACAGCUAACAAGGUCCCUUGACAAAGAGAGACAGAGGGCCGCAGAGAAUAGGCAAGAAUAUCUUGCUCUAAAGGAGGAAGCUGAGACUAACGAAGGUCGUGUGAAUCAGCUUGAAGAAGAAAUUAAGGAACUCAGAAGGAAACACAAGCAGGAAUUACAAGAAGCAGUAACUCACCAGGAACUCCUGCGUCAGGAGUUGGAACGGGAGAAAGCUGCUCGUUUGGAUCAAGAAAGGGCAGCUCGUACUUCUAAUUUUGUGCCUGAUCAUAGCCCAAUAUUGAAGCAGAAAUCUGGGAUUGAAAAUGGAAGUUUGACACGUAGACUUUCAAGUGCUAGCAGCUUGAGUAGCAUGGAGGAAAGCUAUUUUCUGCAAGCAUCUUUGGACUCAUCUGACAAUUUAUCUGAGCGUAGAAAUGCAUUAGAGGGUAAUAUGAGUCCAUACUUCAUGAAGAGCAUGACACCUGCACUUCGGCAGAAGGAAGGGGAACUUGCUUCCUAUAUGUCUCGACUGGCAUCUAUGGAAGCCAUCCGUGACUCCCUUGCUGAGGAGUUGGUUAAAAUGACUGCAGAGUGUGAAAAGCUACGUUCAGAAGCUUCCAUGCUGCCUGGCAUCCGAGCAGAGCUAGAUGCACUUAGGAGGAGACACUCGGCAGCUCUUGAAUUGAUGGGUGAACGUGAUGAGGAGUUGGAAGAACUCCGUGCCGAUAUCAUUGAUAUGAAGGAGAUGUACAGAGAGCAAGUAAAUAUGCUCGUGAAUAAGAUCCAGGUGCUUAGCUCAUCAAUGAGUACCACCUGACAGAGCUGAUCCGUUGAUGUGUGGCUUGUUCUGGUCUGUUUGUUGCGGCAUGUAGUAGGGUACUGCAGUGAAUGUGGUGUAUUCACAUAGAUUUUGGACACGAUAAUUCUUUUGUCACCAGUUUAUUAUAAAUCUAUAGAGGAACUUGCUUUUCACAGGUUUUCUGUUGUAACUUUAAGCGUGAGUUGUUGUAUAGCAUAUUCUUUUAACAGUGGCGUAUUGCUUUAUUAAGCUUGAUAAAUUGUUUUCAA